GCCUUCAGCGGGCAGCGCUCCUGCAUUGGCCACGGAGAACAGCGAUUGUCGCCAAGGUUCUCUUCGACAUGCCAGAUGUCCGCAGCGCGCGGCACAAGUUUCGCAGCACCAGUGACGGUCGCUCCAUCAAAGUCUCGCGAAAUGAUGGCUCCCUGCAUUUCACGUGGUGUUGGGAGGAGGCCCUGCCCGAGGGAGCCUCAUUGGGAGACAUCCAGGCUGCUCGGGCAGAUGCCUGCAAGCGCGACAAGGAGGAGCUCCUUGAGCCUUUGGCGACCCGGCGGGACAAGGCGGCGACAAUCGCUGAACGCUUCGGUCUGGGCACCGCUUCUGCAAGUUCCGGAGGAGGCACAGCUGUCGGAAGCGCUGGCGCAUCGCAAAGCCAGCGUGGGCAGGACAAUGGCGCUGGCAAGCAGCUGCUAAGCCUCCUGCGAGGAGGACUGGUGCUGAACGAUUAUGAUUGUAGGGUAUGUCCUUUCAGACUGAACGUGGCGGGCUGCCGCGUACUUGAGGUUUUCGUGCCAAGGAGCAGUCGCCUUUCCAGAAGAGGUUGCAGUAGAAUCCGGUUACCAAGCCAGAGACUCGCGGAGGAAGCUGUCUUAGUCCUCGGACUGGGUCGGCUUUCGGAGCUAUUGCUCCUGCAAGGAUCCAUCCCCUUCCCGCCUGCGGAUGAGGCCAGCGAGUGGUGGCCGGAUUCUGCUUGGGAGUGGCAGGGUUGGGACAGCAAUUGGUGGGCAUAUCCCCAGGCAGAUGCCCGUUCUGCUCAACGAGGAUCAGGAGGCUACAGAAGUCGCGGAAAGAAGGCAUGGUGA